AUCCGUCAACAAACGAGCUGGAAGCUCUCCGGAGGUGCCGCCGCCGCCGCGAUGACCAAGUACUGCCGGGCGCCGCGAUGCUCCAACUCGGCCGGGCAGCCGCGGCGGGACCAGCGGCGGCUCAGCUUCUACAAGUUUCCCUUACACAGUCCUGAGCGUCUCCGGCAAUGGCUGUCCCAAAUGAACCAAGAGAAGUGGACCCCCACCAAACACCAACACUUGUGCAGUGAUCAUUUUGCCCCCUCCUGCUUUGAGUACCGGUGGGGGGUUCGCUACCUGAAGCCCGACGCUGUUCCCACCAUCUUCCAGACGUCGGACAGCCCACUGAAGAGGGAGAAUGCCGUCGAACCGGCUUCUGACGCCCCGGCCAAGAAGGCCCUUCUCGAGCGCGAGGGGGACACCCCCACUGCUGCCCAAACCCCGGCCUGCCAGGAGCCCAGCCCCAUGGAGACCCUCACCAUCGCCAUAGACCCCGGUGUGGCCGCCACCCCGGUCUACCUGGAGGCCCAGACUUCGGCCCCUGACUUGGACUUCCAGGCCCUCUCGGGGCCCCUGGUGGGGACGGUGAACCUGCUUCCUCUGGUCCAAAUCGUGGAGCCCCUCCAAGGGGUGACCCUGGCGGUGGCUUCCCCCAUGCCAGCCGUGGCCUUGCCGGAGCCCCUGGAGCAGCAGGUGGUGGAUUUGGUGGCCUCCCUGCCCCAGGCCGCCCUGGGGUCCUUGCCCGGCUCUUCCGUAGGGCUGGCCGGGCAGCUGUGCGCCGAAGUGGCUGUGCCUUGCGAAGUGGUGGCCGCAGGCGAUCAGACUUCGGUACGGGCUGCGAUGGCCGAGCCAGCAGCCCUGGCGGAAGAGGGGGCCCUGGUGAUCGAGAACGUCUCCAUCGAGCCGUUCCUGGAGGGCGGCGGCUCCUCCGUAGCCCUCCCCGACCUGCAGGAGCCCACCGCCACCACCGAGAUGGUGGCCUACUUCGAGACCAUCCCCACUGCUCCCGUCACGGCGGCCGCCGCGGCCUCUUCCGGGCUGACGGCCCCCGAGACGGUGCUGUCCUCGGCCCUCAGCCUUCCCAUCGUCUCCACCCUGCCCAUCGUCUCCAACCACGCGGCCCCGAAGGCCCCCCUCUCGGCCGAGGAGGCGACGCUGGAGGAGGGCAGCUCGGCCGACUCUUCCGAGGAGCCCCUGGAGGAGCACCGCUACCACCACCGAGGAGGGGAGGGGGGCACGACAGCCGAGCUGGCGGAGGUGGUGAUGGGGCUGCAGAAGAAAGUGAAGGGGCUCCAGCAAAGGCACCGGCGGCACUGCGCCAAGCUGGAGGCCAUGGAGAGCGUGGUGGAGCAGCUCUGGAAGGAGAACCUGGUGUCGGAGGAGAAGCUGAAGGUCCUGGAGAUGGCCUGCCUGCAGUCCAGCACCUUCGUGCCGGAGGCCGGUGGCGCAGUGGCCAUCAUCUGCCAGGACAGAGAACCGGCCUUGCUCUACGCCGUGCCUCAACCCUCCAGCGAAGGCAACGAGACCACCCCCCAGAGGGAAGGGCAGUGAGCCAGGACUGGGGGGGGGGGGGGGGGCAGCUGAGAACAGGCCCUUUCUGCCUCUGGUUGCCCCCUCAGCCCUCCCCAGGAAGUGGCCAGAGCUCGCCCUCCCACCCCCCAAGAACGCUGGCCCAGCUAAGCAGAGCCUCGGCCACCUCUCCGUGGCCUUAUUCCAGGGGUCCCCAACCUUGGCCACUUUAAGACUUGUGGACUUCCAACUCCCAGAAUUCCCCAGCUCGGGGAAUUCUGGGAGUUGAAGUCCACAAGUCUUAAAAGUGGCCAAGGUUGAAGAUCUCUGCCUUAUUCCUUCAGCACCUUAUCUUCUGAUUUCUCUCUGGGGGUGGAGGUCUUAAGAGAUGAUUAUAUAUAAUGCACUUUCACCCCCUCAUCCUCCUCGGGGCUCUGCAAGGCUGCUCAUUUGCAUCAGCCCCGGCUGGCAGGGCCAUGGCCCAGGGUAAUGGGAAUUGUAGUGCAAAAGGGAAGGCUUCAACCGCUUGUUCCUCCUCCUCCUCCUCCUCCUCCUCCUGCUUGUAUUUCUCGAGCACCUUUUUCAAUUUCAUAUCCUAGAACAGGGGUCUCCAAACUCGGCCUCUUUAAGACUUGUGGACUUCAACUCCCAGAAUUCCCCAGCCAGCCGUGUCUGUUUCUUUUUCUCCUCUUCCCGCAAAGAGGAGAGAUUGAAGAGGAAGGGAUUACAAGAGAGUAAGCUAUGUUGUUGCUGGAGAAUUCUGGGAGUUGAAGGCCACAAGUCUUGAAGCGGCCAAGUUCGGGGACCCCUGUCAUAGAAUUUUGCUGUCUGUUGGUGUUUUUUUUGUUUCAAAGGCCUCAGAUUCCCAUUUUUCCUUGCUGAUUCCAACUAGACGUGAUUUCCAAUGGAGCCUUUCAUGCAGAACUUGAAAUCCAAUGGGUUAUUGUGAUUAUGAUGAUGAUGAUUAUUAAGGGGUUGAAUGGAAGGGGGGCAGGAAGGGCGUGUAGGAAUCGUGGUAAGGAGCGGGGAGAAAAUCUUUUAAGGAGCCACGAACACCCAAAAAGGGAAAUGUGGAAAAGAUUGAGACACGACAACAAUCGACAAUAGGCCUCGUGCUUUUGGAAAUGCAUGUAUGUUUUGCAAGCCCCCAAACCAGCUGCAGUUGGGCCUGCCUCCUUCAACCUGGAACAUCCCAGAAUCCCCCCAGCAAUACAGGUUGGGGUUUUCUGUGAAUUGUAGUUCAAAAGCACCUGGAAAAGCCGCCACAAUGAAUGCAAAACUCUCCGUAGACAAGAUUAAGAACAUACAACAUCGUCAAUCCGAAGAGCGUCUAGAAUCCGUUCUGUUUUUCCUCAUGGCCAAUUCCUGUAAUUUGUCUUGAAGCCCCAAAAGAUUUUUCCAACUAGCUGCCAAAUAAGAUCCCGAAUGAGUUUUGAGUAUAAAUCCUUUCAUUGGUUAAUUCUUCUGUUUUUAAUUUAAAGAAAACAACAACGACACACAAAUAAAACACA